AUCAGAAGUGGCCGGUGAGGUAGUUUAAUCAUAAUUCUGGAGGAGUUGUGUUAAAAGGAUCGAAAAAUUAUGGUUCACUGGAAAAUCUGUUCCUUACUGUUUAUUGGUUACUUAUUGAAAGGGUUAGUAGUAGCUUCACAAGCCAGCAAUCUAGGAGAUUUAGCAAAAAUUUUGGCGCAGUUGGCCGGUGGAGAAAAUUGUGCAUUUCGAUGUCCGAAAGGUUAUAAGCCUCUUACUAAUCCAAAGCAUAAACCCUCAAGUGAUGGAUGUGGUUCCAUGGGAAUAAAGCUUGACACUUCCAAUUUUGCUGGUUUUACAAGAUGCUGUGAUCUCCAUGACAUCUGCUACGACACCUGCAACAAUGACCGCACUCAGUGCGAUGAUGACUUUAAAUCCUGUUUAGACAAUGAGUGCCUUCUCACAGGUCUGGGAAAUAGACUACCAAAGAAGCAGUUGGAUGCAUGCCAGACAUCAGCAGAUCUAAUGUACUCAGGAACACUUGCCUUAGGAUGUGCAUCAUAUAAAGAAGCCCAGCGUAAUGCUUGUCUUUGCAAUGGAAGGACAAUAACUAAAAAAGAAAUGGAAGAGUUGGAAAGAAAUGAGGAAUUAUGAUCUACAAAGGGCAGUGUAUCUGUUUUCAGAUUUAGGUGUUAAAUAAUUAUUUCAAAUAAAAUUUUAAUGAGAAA